UUCUUUGUUUUCUAUGUUUAUUCAUAUUCAUGGCUGUUGAAGUUGCAGCUGGUUGUUUUGCAAGACAGACACUUUAUGAGGCCAAAAGCAUAAAAAUAAUUCAGAGCUUGUAGUAGUGGUCUGCUCCCUGGUACACCAAAAUGAAAAACAACAACCCCCCCCCAAACCCCAAAAACAAAACAACGAAAAACCCUCAUCAUAACGUGUUAAAGAAAGCUAUGUAUUUUUGGCUUAUGGUACAGUGGAGCCAAACAUAAUGAAUCACCAAUUCAAAUGAAAAAAGAGGCAGAUUCAAUAUGUGCAAGAAUCUCAUUUUUGUAGAAUGCCUGGGGUGGUCUAAGUGUCUGAAAAUGUGUGUAAUGGAAACAGGCUUAGCCUAGAUUUUUACUUAUAUUUCACCUGGCAUGAUUUGUUGCAGCUAAUCUUACCACCUGGCCUAAUAAGUGUGUCGUGAAAAACUGCUAUUCCAUUCUGAUACUGGCUUUGUUUUUCUAGUGUUUUAUUUAACCACUAUAUUUUUAGGAAAAAGACAAAAGGAAGAUGCAAAAUGAAAAGGCAGAGAAACAUCUAAGUGCCAUAAAUUUACUCGGGAAAAUUGAUAGUUGGUGUUGGAUUUGAGAAGUGUGUAUGAGAUGAUGCCUUUGACCAUCUUAUUGGAAGCAGUUGGGCUGUGCAUUUACUCAUUUACUCUUAUGAUUCACUAAUUGUUCUGAAAAAUCCUUUAACAUUAACGAGCUCAAAAGCAACUUUGUCCUUUUUUGGCUCUGAAUGUGGUGGUUUGUUUUUUUUUUUUUUUUUUUUUUGAGCGGGGAGCAUGACAAUGUUAGAGACUUGCUGUAAUGUUUUAAAGUCGUAGAGAACUGUAGACAUACUUUCAUCAAGAUAUUUAGGUCUUAAGCACAAAAGGCUAUUUAUGCAUACUAAUGCAUGUUUAGAUUUUAUCACUAAUUUUUAGAUCUGAUUCAAGUCUAUCAUUUGUAUUUAAAAAAAAAAGCCAGUGAUCUCUAUCAGAUAAAGUAAUGCUGCAGUGUUACAAAUCUUUUCAUGUCAAACGUCAUAAUUUUAUAUGUUUUAGAAUACAAGCAAACAUUUCCCAGUGAUUACUCAUGGGCCAUUUAAGAAAUCCUUGGGGGUGGGUGGCAGCAGAGCUGAUGUGACGGUGACUGGCAGUGUUCUCCCUGGUGCUGAGGGUGUGUUGUGGGAGUUGGACGCUCAAUCUCUGGUAUGGGUGUGUGUCUUUGUAAGCCAAAUACAAGAUUCCCCGCUGGUGUGUGGAAAUUUGCACACCACUUCCUGCAUGGGAAGCUUUUGGCAAAUAAGUUCUCUAACUUGGAAAUCUUUGGCCAAGUUUACUACAGUAAGGCAAUGUUCUGGCUCAGCUCAUGUGCUUUCAUUAGGUUUUGUUAAUAUAGACUCCUGGUGAACCCUGUCUCACGUGUGUGUUAGGAAAUGGGAGGGGAGGCAUUUAAAAAUGUGUGCUUUAUCGAUGUACUUCAUAAAUAUGCCGACUUACUGAAAAAAAUGGGAUGCCUUCCACGUAUGUCCACCACAACUCACUGUACUUGCAAAACAAGUGUGAAGUGCUGUGAAGAUGUAUUCCUUACCAGAACAUGUGGGAAACAAAAAAAACCAAACAACAGCCUUUAAAUAAAGACUUUAAUAAAGGGAACUACAGUUCUUACUAAGCUGGAAUAAUAAAAGGACAUAUUGGUACUUAUUUAAAAAAAAAAAAGGAAGACAAUCAGAACUAUUUCCAGUUGUAGCUUGAGAUUCGCUUUUGUUUUCAGAAAGGCUUUUAUGGAAAUAACCUUGAUUUUAUUAGCUUGUUUUCUAUUUUAAACCACAAUCAGAAAGAAUGAUUACAUUUAAUAUGGAGAGCUGAAAAAUUAACAGAGUUAAUAGUCUUAAAGAUAAGAUAGGAAUGCUUUCUGUAUGUGAUUGUGAGGUCAUCAGAUUCAAAGAAAAAAACAACAAAAAAACACAUGAACAAAAACAUUAUUGUGUAGUUUUCUCUUUCUUCAGAAUUACUGCAAAAUUUAUUUUGAAAAAAUAAUUUCCUACUCAGUUUCAGAGUGUCACAUAUCUGAAAGGAGUAUUUCAAAUUUUGACUAAUUAUACAAUCCUAAAACUUCUUCUUACCUACGGCUAAUAGUUCUUUGCUGUCAGCAGUGGGUGACUUAAUAUUUAAAAGAACAUAUACUACAAUCUGCAAGGUCAUUCAGAAUCUGGAAAACAGUGCAGGUGUCCAAUAUGGAAAGAAAUCUACUGUGUGGGGGUCUGAAUACUAGUGAACAGUAUAAAGCUUGGAUUGACAUGGGACCAAAAGCUGUUCAUCACUGGCUUCUUUCCUUAACUGCUCUGAUUCCCAGACUGCAUUCUGAUCGGCCUAAGAUUGAAAGCAAACAUACUAAUAUUUUACAGUAGUCAUUUAGUAUACAUUGAUUGUUCAUGAUUUACUUCAUGAUGCCAAAAAGUCCCCAGAAAGCAGAUUUUUAUGAAUGAAAGAUUUGACUGUAAGAAGUUUCCUUAGCAAAACAUGAAAAAAAUAGUAUAAAGAACGGCUUUCUUAUGGUGUACAUUUUUCCAUAUUAAAAAAUCAAUUGAAAUGAGUUUUUAUAUGACAGAAGUAUGAAGGGUCAAUUCAUUCCCUCUCUUUAGUAGUCACUGAGGGGCUUGUUUUGGCAGCAUUGAAGAAAUUCUGCUAGCAGUGGUAUGAAUAGCAGGAUUUGAUCAUGUCAUACAUGCUAUCUUCCAUCUUACAUUCAUUCCCUUAUUUUAAAGUUGCUCAUAUGCCAGAGUGUUUUGGGGACUGAAGUUUCGAAAUAAAAUUCGGCUAGUCUUACACGUUUGUGCAGCAUACAAUUUUGGUAUAAAAAAGCGCCAGAUAUUAUUUAUAGAAAAUCCUAUCAAUUUAUGCACUAAGGAACAAAAGAUAGUUCAUGCUAAUAUGUAAAGUUUUGUAUAUUAUUUUAAAUAGCAUAUUUAAUGCAAUGAAUCAUUUGUCUCUGAACAAGCUUCGUAGCAAACACUAUGCAAAUAGUUGCAGCUAAUACAACAAAUUCUACUACUGAAGAAACUUUUCAAAAUGAACCAUCAGAAAAUAGGAAAUGAUUCCAUCUUGUGAUGAAACUACUGUGAUUUCCUAAACAUCAAUCUUAAUUUAUGAAUAUACUUAGUAUCCUUCUUUAAGAAAAAUUUAAGAAAUAUUAGCUGUGUUGACAGUGAAAGUCUGAACACCUACAGUACUGUGAAAUAAGACUGAGUAGUACUUUUUUCAUUAUUAUAGGCACAAAAUAUUGUAACAUUUCAGUCAUAAACUUAAAUAUCUUAUAAUUUUUGCAUGUAUUAUUUGUCUUCUGUAGUGCAUAGGAAGUAUUUGUAGUUAUAAUCGUCAUUAUUAAACGUGCUAUUCAUAUGAAGGCUUUGCAGGUUUGCUCUUUUUAAAGUAGUAACUUUUGCAGGUUUUUGAUGUCUCAUUGAAUAUAAUAAUGGAUGAGUUGUUUAAAGCAAAAGGAAUAGCAGUAGUUUGAAAAGGGAAACCCCUGUGGAGUCCUUCCAAAAUCUGCAGAGAAUUUCUGUAACAAGUAACACAAUCGUAAAUGCUCUUCAUUUUGGGGAUAGCUUGGUGAUUGGUGCUUCUACAAGAAUUCUAAUUAGGCCACUGGACUCCACCAAGGCCAGGAGGAGAACUAGCCCAAUACUGUAUCUGUGUGUUCACAAGGUGACAGGAUGAUUUCCACCUCUCAGGCAGCCCUGGGUAUUUGGAAAUGAGAAAAAUGAAUUUUGGAAUGCUUUUCUGGGUCUUUUCCUGUAAAUUUUCUUUUUUUUUUCAGUAGCUUGUCUGUCUUUUUUUUUUUUUUUUUUUUUUUUUUUUAAUCAACGAGUUUUUAAUGGUGCGAUUUUUAGCUACUUCUACUGAACAGCAACUGCAGGCACUCUUUCCAUUCAAAUAAGCAUUUCAAUGCCCUAAAUAUAGUUAUUUGCUCUUGUUAGUUAAAUGUGAACUGGGUGGUUUUGCUGUAUAUUUAAUGUAGCUGUUGGUCAGCAGUGUAAAGGGCAGUGUUGUAUAGAUAAUUUUUUGACAAGCAAUACCAUUUGAAAUUCCUCUACCAGCAUUUAAAAACACCUGAUUAGCAAGACAAAUUCAGCUGUCUUUUGCACAGAGUCAAGGAGGGUUUCUAACUGCGUUUGUACGUGCUGUGUGUACCAACUGAUGAGCAGUGGACCUACCCAGAGAUUCUUCUUUUCAGAGAAGGCGAAAGAUUUUUCUUCCCUGAGUGUCUGAAUGGUGCUUGAAAAAAAAACAAAAAACAAAAAACCAAAAACAUGCUGCCAUCACAUCUUGUAUGAAGAAGAGUUGGAGCAGGAAGCCACCUUCUGAGAGUGUGUGAGGUCCACUGCCUAGAGCCAUUGCAGCAGCACAGUGUGUGAUGAACGGGAUCUAUAAACUGGCCUUUCUUGCUGCACAGCUUGUGUUGCUUGAGACCUUGGUUAAGCUCAUUGCCACUGUUAAAGAACACUAACAGUUGUAAGAAUGGGAGGUUUUUCAACUGUGUUUUAAAAUAUUAUGGAUGUUUUGGGUAUAAGGAUAGUCCAUAGUUGUAUCACAUUUCCUUGUUGUUCUGAAAAGAGAAAAAUGACAUAUGAACCUACAGUCUCUUUGCACAGAACAACGAGAGUGGUUUGUUUAGGACCAUUUAUACCACCUGAUGUGUAGCUGGGCAUAGGAGACAGGAAGCUUCCUGCACGUCCUUGGGUUCACUCAAGAACUGAAACAACUCCUGAUAAGAUUAUUCCAUCAAGCAUUCCAAGUUUAUCAGAAGGGUUGCCUUGUAUCAUAAAAACCCAACCAACCAACCAAAAAGAAAACCAGGUAGAAUAUAGCAUGCAGAAGCAGUUUUCCAGCUCCUCCCAUUGCAGCACGUAAGUGACACAGUUAUAGUUAACUCUGGAUUAUCAAUCACUGUGAAACAGAAUGGGAAGGUUGGACAUUUGAGCAGCUUUUUCACUGUUUUUGUGUUCAAUGAUGAGGCUCUCGGAACCAAUGCUAGACAUGGACAUGGCAAACUACAGUGAAGUUUUAGAUCCAACAUAUACAGCACUGGAGUUUGAAACUAUGCAGAUUCUGUAUAAUGGCAAUGACAGUUCAGGAGAAUCUGUCAACAUGAAUGCUGCUGACAACGGGGUCAGUGGUCUCUGUGCAAUAUGUGGAGACCGAGCGACUGGAAAACAUUAUGGUGCUUCCAGCUGUGAUGGAUGCAAGGGAUUCUUUAGACGCAGUAUCCGGAAAAAUCACGUCUAUACAUGCAGAUUCAACCGGCAAUGUGUUGUUGACAAGGAUAAAAGGAAUCAAUGCAGAUAUUGUCGUUUAAAAAAGUGUUUUCGAGCAGGAAUGAAAAAAGAAGCUGUACAAAAUGAACGGGACAGGAUAAGUACAAGAAGAAACACUUUUGAUGGCUGCAACAUUCCCUCUAUUAGCACAUUGUCACAAGCUGAGGCACUCUCCCGUCAGAUCUCAAUCUCCAGUCCUGGUGCUAGCACUGACAUAAAUGUUAAGAAAAUUGCUAGUAUUAGUGAUGUCUGUGAAUCUAUGAAGCAACAACUUUUGGUCCUGGUGGAAUGGGCUAAAUAUAUUCCAGGCUUCUGUGAAUUACCACUGGAUGACCAGGUUGCCCUCCUAAGAGCACAUGCUGGGGAACACCUGUUGCUCGGAGCAGCAAAACGAUCCAUGGCAUAUAAGGACAUUUUACUUUUAGGCAACAAUUACAUAAUCCAUCGCAACAGUACUGAAGUAGAGAUCAGCCGAGUGGCAAAUCGGAUUCUAGAUGAACUAGUUCGACCCUUCCAGGAAAUUCAAAUAGAUGACAAUGAGUACGCUUGCUUGAAAGCAAUUGUGUUUUUUGAUCCAGAUGCAAAGGGUCUGAGUAAUCCAAUGAAGAUUAAGAACAUGCGGUUCCAAGUCCAAAUCAGUUUAGAGGAUUAUAUUAAUGACCGUCAGUAUGACUCCCGAGGAAGAUUUGGAGAACUUCUGCUUCUACUGCCUACACUCCAGAGCAUCACUUGGCAAAUGAUUGAGCAAAUACAAUUGGUUAAAUUGUUUGGAAUUGUUAAAAUUGACAGUUUGCUUCAGGAAAUGUUACUGGGAGGUACUUCUAAUGAUGCCAGUCAUCUGCAUCAUCCAGUACAUCCUCACCUAGCCCAAGAUCCAUUAACUGGCCAAACUAUCCUCAUAAGUUCAAUGUCUGCUCCUGUACAUACAGAACAGAUUUCAACUCCAGAAACCCCAUUACCUUCCCCUCCUCAAGGCUCUGGGCAAGAAUACAAAACACUUACAAAUCAGGCUUCAGUAAUUGCACAACAAUCUAUUUUGAAACAAAAACCAUUGUGAUAAUGUUUGUCUAUUUUGCCCUUCCUUCCUUCCUUCCUUCUUUCCUUCCUUCCUUCCUUCCUUCUUUCCUUCCUUCCUUCCUUCCUUCCUUCCUUCCUUCCUUCCUUCCUUCCUUCCUUCCUUCCUUCCUUCCUUCCUUCCUUCCUUCCUUCUCUCACUCCCUUCCUCCUUCCUUUUUAUGCACUAGAUAAACUGGUAGGACACUUGCACAUUUAAAAUCUCAGGAUGAUAAUGGAAAUUAUUUCCGCAGCAGCCACUACUGUGGGUGUUUCUUAAAACACCUCAUGAUUUGGAAAGUAAUACUCACUGUUCUGACUGCCAUGUACAACUCUAAUUGUGGACACUGCAGUCUGACAAAUAUGUAUAGAGGUUGAUAUUAUUUUUAGAUCUUUUAACUGCACAGAUUAAUUUUUUAUUUUCUGUUUUAGUUUUUUUCUUAAUAUUAUUGUUCUAGUUGUGUAUAUAUUAAUAAUUUUUUCAUUGUGACGGAACUUGUUAGCGCUUGUUUAGCUGUGAAUUGUAGACAUUGAAAGCAGGUUAAUCAAACAAAAGCCAAGAUUCCUUAAAUGGUAAAGCAGAAGGCUACCAAACAAACCAUAUGUAUUAAAUACAAAGGAGAAAAUAAUGGACAAAAAUACCCAAUUAAUUGUAACAAAAAAACCCCUUACUUGAAAGAAUCUUCCCUUUCAAGUAAAAAUUCAACAAAAGAGUUGAAUCCUCCCUGCUUAUCUGUUUGUAUGAAUCAGAGGGCCUGUGAUGUGCAGACAUGUUUGAGGACUUUUAAAAAUCUGCAUACACGGUGAUGUCUAUAUCAGCCAAGUGAACAGUACCAAGGCAUGAGUGCAGGCAUUUAUAUGGCAAAAUUGUUAGAACAGUGACUGGUAUGCUUUUUGGUAAAGACUAACUAGUACUCUCCCUAACAACUGGACAGAUUUUGGGAAUUAAGCCAGUCUAAGACACGUUUCACUAGGUGCUUUGGACAUGGUCACCUCUCUAUAGGGGCACAGAGAAUAUAACUAGGAAUAUGCCACUUGACCUCAGGACUGGAGUAUAGCCUCUUUACUGUUUGAUUUACUACUGUAAAUGUAGCCAUUGUGUUUACUAGCCUAACUGGCUAGUGAAUCCAUGUUUCAGCAAUCACUGUAAACUUAACUUACAGAGUAUUUGUACUUAUGUAGUAGCUUUGUGUCUGGAGUGGUAUGGCUUACUAACUCAAGCAGCAGAUGUGCCAAAGUUCAGUUCCAGAUGUUCUUGGUUUGAGCCAUGGUAUUUCAAACUGGAAAAGAACCAGCACACCAAAUGCUCAUUCUCUGGAUUUUUAAGAGUUUUUCAGAAGCUUGGGAUGAAUUGACUUACUGUGACGAGCCCCCUUCUUCUCCUCUUCUUCCUCCCCUGCUGGUCUUGGGGGAGCCACCAUCGACUAAGUUUUGUGUCUGGAGUCUAUAAAUACCUGUCUGGAUUUGGACCCUCUGUGGAUUUGCACAAAGGGGACCUUGUGACACAUGCUCACUUGGGCAUAUGCUCACUCAGUAACAAUUUGUGAAAAUGAUCUAUUGUGAUGUGUAAAGUGACCUGUUGUUCAUACAAUACUGAUGUCAUAAGAAAAUCACCUCUUUGCACAUUUUAUUCUAGACAGCAAUGAUUUUUUUAGUACUUUAAGGUAGACUUUCUUCCCAGAAGUAAUGUAAGAGAGAAACAGAGAAAAAAAGAGAAUAAAGUACUGCAGUUUGCCAAACUAUUGCAAAGAGAAAACAUAGAGGAGUCAGAAAUUCUGCAAGGUGAGAUACUGAUCAUCCCGAACCAGAUACCUGCAUUAAUCACAGCAUCCAAAGAUAGUGUAGUUAAACUCUGGCUUUUAAAAGUUACUCAAACCAACUAUUAUGAUCCUUCAGAUAGAUUUUUUGCAGGCAGGAAAUGUAACACAGUAAAUGCUGAGCUGACCUGAACAUUCAAAAGACUUUAAUGAGAAUACACUUACCACCAAAUAGCUGCUGUAUUUCUUUAUGUUAUUUUAAAGUAGUUGCUUUUGUAAAGUCUGCAUAUCGUAGCUCUUAAUGUUUGCCUUUUGCUCUGUAGAGUGUUUUUAUUUUUGUUGGUUACUGUUUAUUUUUUAUCAAUGCAUUGCUCUUUUUAUAAGUUCCUUUUAGUAUGUUUUUUUAUGACAGAAUAAAGUACCAAAGUUUUACCAUUAACUUUAGGGGGAUCCAGACUGUGCUAUAUUUACAAGUUGGCCACCAAUCCUUUUUGAGGAAAUGCAAAGGUAAAGCAUGCAUGAGAGAUACUGAGUAGCCAAAAGUUGACUGAUGGGAGCCACUUUUGUGUACUAGUCAUAGAGAGAAUGUUUGGCUGAAGAUGGAUCUCCAUGACUUCACUGGGUCAGAUUAACUAAGUCAAUUGCAUAAACAUGGCAGUAUUGGUCUAACUAAAAACAUUUAACUGGAAAUAAAAUGUUGUCCCCACCCUUGCCUCAUAUAAGCAAUGUGCAUAAUAGCUGAACGGGUUUAGUUUUCACAUGGUACUUUAGAUAUCAAGUGUACAAUAAAAAGUUUUAACACACUGCCAAAUUGUACUGGAUGAAAAAUAUACUUUAGUAUUUUAUCUGACAAAAAGUUGUUAUCUAUUUUGUAUGAUAUAUUGCAGUUUUGAAUGAGAGGAACACCACUGUAAUUUAUUGGGAAAAGCUGAUUUAUUUUAUAAAUGUAACAUUAUUUUUGUAAACUUAAUUAUGAAAAAAUCAGAAAUGAUUAGCUUUGUUAAAUAUUAAAUUAUAAUGAGAUGUAACUUUAUAUGUUUGAACUCUGAUACCAAGUUUUUGUGUUGAGCAUUUGGAAUUGAAAUGGUUGCUGGAAAUAUUUCAAAUGGACUGUUUUUCAUCAAAGCUCAAUAAAGAAAAAUGAAUGAUCCAAAUGACA